AUGACUGACCAACUGGACCAACUGGCCACCGCAGAGCUGCAGCGUCUGCAGCGCCAGCACCGUGCCCUGCAGCUGGACCUGCGUGGGCUGCUAGAGGAGAAAACAAAACGUCUGAAAAAGCAAAAUCACAUGAUUAACGUUCUGCAGGUGGAAUAUGACAAACUUAAGGAUGAAAUGAAAACCCUGGAGGGCGGCACUCAUGCACGUAAAAAUACCAACAAGGAGAAACUCUUGGCAACCCUGCAAAAUCAACAGUCCGAACUGCAACGGGUGUACCAAGGCGAACGCACCAAUUUGUGGGAGUUAGAGGGACACAUUCGGAAAAUGGAAAAAGAAAUAGAUGCAUUGCGUCGCAACGAAGUGCCCGACAAUUGCUACAAGGAGACCAUUUGUAAGGUGCAAAAGAGCGUAGUCAAACUAGAGAAUCGCCUCGACGUGGUCAACAAAAAGUGUUCCGAUGUUCUAACCGAGAACGGCAAAAUGCGUGACGCCAUAAACCAUAUGCUUCAAGAUCGCGCAAACUUUAACGACAUGUGGCAAUCGAUGGUUACACAAUUCAACGACGGAAAAAAGCUCAUCAUGGAUUUAAUUGAUCAGUCAACAAUGGCCUUUGAUCAACGCCAAGAGCUGUGCACGAAGUUAUCAGUGCUGAAGGACCGCAACGAGAAUGAUAAGGUGAUGCAUAUACAGGAAAUGCGAGAAAUGCAGCGUCGCUUGGAGCACGAUGCCAAAUUGCAAAAGUUCUUCGACAUCAAGGGUCAGAAACGCGUCAAUCCCGAACUGGAACAACGUGAGCUGGACAAGAAACAGAAUCAAAAGGACAACUAUGAACGCCAGCUAUUUGAAUAUAAAGAGAUAAUUGAAAGAAUUAAACAGCUUUAUGGUGAAGAUGACACGGAACGACUGGUGGCACAAUUCAAGCGCCAGGAAGAUGAAAACUUUGCGCUCUUCAGCUACGUGAAUGAGUUGAGUCACGAAGUGGAGGUACUUAAUGAUACCACACAGGAUUUAACCGAUCAGAUUGAGCGCCAAAAAUCGGAGCAAACAGAAAAGGAACUGAAGCUCAAAACAGAGGCCUUGGAUUAUUUAAAUGACGAACUGGUGCGUAUUGAGCAACUGGCCAAAGAGACCAGCGAAAAGAAACAAAAUCUGAGCACGCGAUUGCAGCAGCUACUCAAGGGUAUUGAGGACAUAUUCAAAUUACUGGCCUGCGAUGAUGCACCCAUACUAAAUGUGCUCAGCUCCAGAACCUUCCUGACUGUCCAUAAUGUGAAGCUAUUCGUUGGGGUCAUUGAGCGUCGUGUGAAUAUAAUUAUCAGUACGAUUAACAUUGAGGAUAACUCCAACAGGAUAUUGGCAAGAAAGGACCGUGUGCCCAAAUUUAAUAUACGGGAAUCGGCUAAAAUGAAGCAUUAG